GGGGCGAGCGGCUGCGGGACUCUGGAGCUGCCCCCUCCCAAUACUGGGGACCUGGGCGUCCGCUGGGCAGAGAGGUGGAGGGGACGGUAAAUCAGUAACCCGCAACGCACACAGGGCCUUUUGUCCCGCUCCGUCCAAAGAGCACCCUGGCCGGGAGCUGGUUACUCAUUGUCCACCCGGGCAGGGGCGGGCAGGCUGUCUCUGCAGCUCCCCCUGGAGACCCGCCGGCUCGCACCUCCCCCAAGGUGGCCGGGUAGGGGUGGAGAAGGAAGAGCGCGCCAGUCCUUUAACUGCUUGGACCGUCUGCGAGCCUCGAGUGGACAUGAGAAAGCUGAGGUUCCCAGAGAAAGGCCGACGGAAAGCCCAGCUAGGUCCCGUGAGUAGCGGGAAGGAGAUGCAGCUGCUGUUGGCCCUGUUGGGGGUCCUGCUGAGUGCGCCCUGGGCUCCAGCUUUGUCCUUUGAGGCCUCUGAGGAAAUGGAGCUGGAGUCCUGCUUGGCCCCCAGUCCGGAGCGGCAGGAGCAAGAGCUGACAGUGACCCUUGGACAGCCUGUGCAGUUAUGCUGUGGGCGGGCUGAGCGUGGUGGCCACUGGUACAAAGAGGGUAGUCGCCUGGCACCUGCUGGCCGGGUACGAGGCUGGAGGGGCCGCUUGGAGAUCGCCAGCUUUCUACCCGAGGACACUGGCCACUAUCUCUGCCUAGCCCGAGGCUCCAUGCUUGUCCUACAUAAUGUCACCUUGGUCGUAGAUGACUCCUUGACCUCCACCAAUGGCGAUGAGGACCCCAAGGCACAUGACGGCCCUUCGAAUAGACACAUUUUCCCACAGCACGCACCCUACUGGACACAUCCCCAGCGCAUGGAGAAGAAACUGCAUGCGGUGCCUGCUGGCAAUACCGUCAAGUUCCGCUGUCCAGCUGCAGGCAACCCCACACCCACCAUCCGCUGGCUCAAGGAUGGACAGGACUUCCAUGGGGAGCAUCGCAUUGGAGGUGUUCGGCUGCGCCAUCAGCACUGGAGCCUGGUGAUGGAAAGCGUGGUGCCCUCAGACCGUGGCAUGUACACCUGCCUCGUGGAGAACUCAGUGGGCAGCAUCCGCUACAGUUACCUUCUGGACGUGCUGGAGCGGUCCCCGCACCGGCCCAUCCUGCAGGCGGGGCUCCCGGCCAACACCACAGCUGUGGCAGGCAGUGACGUGGAGCUGCUGUGCAAAGUGUACAGCGACGCCCAGCCCCACAUUCAGUGGCUGAAGCACAUCGUCAUCAACGGCAGCAGCUUCGGAGCCGAUGGCUUUCCCUAUGUGCAAGUCCUGAAGACAACAGACAUCAAUAGCUCAGAGGUGGAGGUACUAUACCUUCGAAAUGUAUCGGCCGAGGACGCGGGCGAGUACACCUGCCUGGCAGGCAACUCUAUCGGCCUCUCCUACCAGUCAGCCUGGCUCACGGUGCUGCCAGAGGAGGACCUCACAUGGACAGCAGCAGCGCCUGAGGCCAGGUAUACCGACAUCAUCCUGUACGCAUCAGGCUCCCUGGCUUUGGCGGUUCUCCUGCUGUUGGCUGGCCUGUAUCGUGGGCAGGUGCUCCAUGGCCGGCACCCCCGACAGCCCGCCACAGUGCAGAAGUUGUCCCGCUUCCCUCUGGCCCGACAGUUCUCCCUGGAGUCGGGCUCCUCGGCCAAGUCAAGCUCGUCUCUGGUGCGGGGUGUCCGUCUCUCCUCCAGUGGACCUCCCUUGCUCGCUGGUCUCGUGAGUCUAGACCUCCCUCUGGACCCGCUGUGGGAGUUCCCCCGGGACAGGCUGGUGCUCGGGAAGCCCCUGGGCGAGGGCUGCUUUGGGCAGGUGGUGCGUGCAGAGGCCUUGGGCAUGGACCCGGCCCAGCCUGACCAAACUAGCACCGUGGCCGUCAAGAUGCUCAAGGAUAAUGCCUCUGACAAAGACUUGGCAGACCUAGUCUCUGAGAUGGAGGUGAUGAAGCUGAUCGGUCGACAUAAGAACAUUAUCAACCUGCUUGGUGUCUGCACCCAGGAAGGGCCCCUGUACGUGAUUGUGGAGUGUGCUGCCAAGGGAAACCUGCGGGAGUUCCUGCGGGCUCGGCGCCCCCCAGGCCCUGACCUAAGCCCUGAUGGGCUGCGGAGUAGUGAGGGGCCGCUCUCCUUCCCCGCCCUGGUCUCCUGCGCCUAUCAGGUGGCCCGAGGCAUGCAGUACCUGGAGUCUCAGAAGUGUAUCCACCGUGACUUGGCUGCCCGCAAUGUGCUGGUGACAGAGGACAAUGUGAUGAAGAUCGCUGAUUUUGGGCUGGCCCGUGGCAUUCACCACAUUGACUACUACAAGAAAACCAGCAACGGCCGCCUGCCCGUCAAGUGGAUGGCACCUGAGGCCUUGUUUGACCGAGUCUACACACACCAGAGUGAUGUGUGGUCAUUUGGAAUCCUGCUGUGGGAGAUCUUCACCCUCGGGGGCUCCCCGUACCCCGGCAUCCCUGUGGAGGAGCUGUUCUCACUGCUGCGGGAAGGCCAUCGGAUGGACCGGCCCCCGAACUGCCCUCCAGAGCUGUAUGGGCUGAUGCGUGAAUGCUGGCAUGCGGCACCCUCUCAGAGGCCCACUUUCAAGCAGCUGGUAGAGGCACUGGACAAGGUCCUGCUGGCCAUCUCUGAGGAGUACCUUGACCUCCGCCUGACCUUUGGACCCUGCUCCCCCACUGGUGGGGAUGCCAGCAGCACCUGCUCCUCCAAUGACUCUGUCUUCAGCCACGACCCCCUGCCACUGGGGCCCAGUUCCUUCCCUUUCCCCGAGGUACAGACUUGAGCAGGGGCACAAGGCUGUGCGGGCAGGACAGCCAGCAGCCUUGGGCCUCCUGGUGCAGCUGCAGCCUGUUGGUGCUUGACCUUGGCAGCCCCAAGGCCCUGCCUUCAAAGUGCUGUCUCAGAUCUCCAGUUCUGCUUUGGGGAGGUCUGUUCUUGGUCCUGGGGUCCCUAGUUGAGGUUUCCAGUUCUGGGCUCGAGUCCCCAACCCAGAGUUCAGACUCAGUCUCAAGGCCUUGCCCUUACUCUGGGAGUCAUGGUCCCAGCAUUCCAAUGGCCUGUUAGGUGUUAGGGCUCUGCUUGUCUUCCUGGGCUUUGGCACUCAGUCCUGGCUCCAAGGGUUUGGCUGGAACUGGCUGUGGGGCUAUCCUAAACCUCCCUGCUCCCCUGCACCAAAAGAGGUCUUGGGCCUCUGAACCCUAUUUCCCCAGGCCUCCCCCACCUCCCCUCAGCUGCUUGUCCCAGCGUCUUGAUGGGAGGAGCUUUGGCCCCUGUGGUCCUGAGGCUGGAAGCCUAUGAGAAAACACAGAAGCAAGUGGCCUUUUAUAAAUUAUUAUUUUUU